UGCGGUCACUGGAACGACUCUGUACGUCGCGUAAACAAGGCAAACCAACCCCAUACGAGUCGGUGCCCGAUGUGUUGAAACUUUUUCUCUCGAUCAUUAUGGAGACGUGCGUUUUGAUUCCGCAGGAGUUCAGUUUGUGCGUGCGUAAUCCUGCCAUCGGCAGAAAAUCCGAUCCUGAAGUGUCGGUAUGGUCGAACACUACCAUCGCCCAGGGAUCCUUGUGUUAUCCUUUUCAAGGGACAAUCAGAAUCGACAAGUUAGAUGUGUACGGACAACUCGAGGAUGAUGAUAUAAGACAUAGAUUCGGGUGUUACGACGAAAUCUCCUCUGGAAACGGGAGAAAAGUCCGCCAUUGCAACUGGGUUAGAUUCGUCAGAGUCGCGACCAGCUUCAAUCCAGCAGUCAAUUUUGUCGCGACCAAAGUCAGAGGUGAACCCGUUUACGAAGCGGUGAAACCCAUACAGCCCGACACAGAAUUGCUCGUCUACUAUUUACCGGAAAGACCUGAGGAGCUGUUUUUCGUCAGAAUGAGGGCGUCGCUAUACAGGCAAACUAUGGAUUCAAUAUUGGAAGAUUCACCCUUAGACCUGUCGAUGUCGCUGCUGUCUCGGGCAUUGUCGGCAUCUCCGCCGUCGGCCGAAGACGAACGAAAGUCCGUAUCGGGCGACAGUUCGGCGGCCAGUUCGCAGGGCGACAUCCCCGAGCAACCCGUACCCACCCCCAGGGCCCGCCCCAGGGAACGAACACUUCUACCUUGCAGCGUUUGCAGUAAAGCUUUCGACAGACCCUCACUACUCAAAAGGCACAUGAGAACACACACAGGGGAAAAACCUCAUGUUUGUAUGGUGUGUGGCAAAGGAUUCAGCACGUCGUCUUCCUUAAACACGCACAGAAGGAUUCACAGCGGUGAGAAGCCCCACCAGUGCCCGGUGUGUCUGAAAAGGUUUACAGCCUCAUCCAACCUCUACUACCACAGAAUGACGCACAUCAAAGACAAACCCCACAAGUGCAACCUGUGCAGUAAGUCCUUCCCCACGCCCGGCGACCUUAGAUCUCACAUGUACGUCCAUUCGGGCUCAUGGCCCUUCAAAUGCCACAUCUGCUCGCGAGGCUUCUCGAAGCACACCAACCUGAAAAAUCACCUGUUCCUUCACACAGGAAAGCCAAAUGGUACACGCAAAGGCUGAGUUGAUCAGCGUUUUCAAAAUUUUACAAACUGUUGUAAGUGAUCUAAGUUAAGUUUAAUUUAUAUAUAAAACUAUUGUUAUCAAAAUUAUUAUUAUUUAUAUAAAUGCAUAUAUUUUUUUU